CCAUUUAUAUAUAAAUAGAGAGUCACGUUCUCGGAAAGCACAAACAAUCCGUUCUUUCCUUUCUGCCUCUUUAUUAACAUAGUUUGAACGAGUAGGGUUUCUUCGUUCGAAGCUGCCGCUGCUGCGUCUUCCGAUCUAGGGCAAGGACCGUCGCCGCCGAAUCCGGUGGACAGACGAGCCGCUGUGCCGUGGUUGUAGGAGGCGGUGGUGGUAUUUGCUUUUUGAAGUUCUCGACCGUUAGUCGGCGGAGAUGGCGGAGGCGGAGGCGGAGCAGAGCGUUGAGCGGGAGGAGGAGGAGGAGGCGGUGAAGGGCGGGGAGCUAUUGUUCUGCGGCACCACGGCUUGGGACGUCAUUGGCCGCCGGAAGACCUCGGCGGAGGCCAACUUGGUGUCGCCCACGCGACUGCGGCCUCUCGUCGGCGUCGAAAUCCACUUGGUCGUCUCCGGCUGUGCGUCUUGUCACUGCGUGGCAUUGGAUGUUGAAGGGCGUUGCUAUACCUGGGGGCGUAACGAGAAGGGGCAACUUGGCCAUGGAGAUUUGAUUCAACGUGACAGACCAACAGUUGUUUCAGAACUAUCCAAGCAUAAAAUCACCGGAGCAGGAGCUGGGAGGAGCCAUACAGUGGUGGUAACUAAAGAUGGACAAUCCUUCUCUUUUGGUUGGAAUAAACAUGGGCAGCUGGGGUCAGGUUCAGUAAAGAAUGAAAUUGAAUCGUCUCCUGUACGAACUCUUGUUUCCGAAGUCAAAACUGUUGCUUGUGGGGCUGAUUUUACUGUGUGGUUAACUUCAAUGGAAGGAGCCUCUAUAAUGACUGCUGGUCUUCCACAAUAUGGUCAACUUGGGCAUGGAACAAACAAGGAGUAUAAUACUAAAGAUAGCUCAGUAAGGCUUGCUUAUGAACCUCAACCACGCCCUAAAGCCAUUGCUUCUCUUGCUGGAGAAACAAUAACAAAGGUCGCAUGUGGAACAAAUCAUACAGUUGCUGUGGAUACAAAUGGCUUUGUCUACACGUGGGGCUUUGGUGGUUAUGGAAGACUUGGGCAUAGAGAACAAAAGGAUGAGUGGGCUCCUCGUCGUGUUGAGAUUUUCACGAGGCAUAAUGUUCUACCUGCAAAUGCUGUGAUUUCUGCUGGUUCUGUUAACUCUUCUUGUACUGCUGGUGGAGGACAGUUGUAUAUGUGGGGAAAACUAAAGAACACUGGUGAUGACUGGAUGUACCCUAAACCUCUUAUGGAUUUAAGUGGCUGGAAUAUACGAUGCAUGGAUUCUGGCAGCAUGCACCAUUUUGUUGGUGCUGAUAACUCUUGCAUAAGCUGGGGCCAUGCUCAGUCUGGGGAGCUGGGAUAUGGACCUGAUGGACAGAAGUCUUCUGCAGUUCCAAAGAAAGUGGACAUUCUAGAGAGCAUGCAUGUUAUUAGCGUGGCAUGUGGAUUUGCACAUUCCAUGGUGGUGGUUGAUAGAACCAACGUUCAUGACCGACUUGAUCAGCUUGAAGUCUAUGAUGGCAAAGCUUCUGAGGAAGGAGUUGAACAACCGGAGAGUAACAGUUCGGUUGCUAAAAAAAAUACCAAAAAGGGAGCGCCCAAACCCCCCGAGAACUCCAAGAAAAGGAAGAAGUCGAAAGUUUCAUCUUCGUCUGAGGAGGAUGACGAAGAGGAGGAAAGCGAGAAUAAUGACAGCGACGACGACAGUGACGAGCCGAUGAAUGGGCUUUCAGACCAGAAGCGCCGACGAGGUGGAAAGGCUGGCAGAGGCCGAGGAAAGGCCACUGGCAAAGCAACCGAGAAUAAAAGCUCGGGGCGUGGGCGAGGCCGCCCUGGCUCUGCUGCUGCUGCCAGUAAGAGAACCACAGAAGGAAAAUCCGGUAAGAGGGGAAAGGGAAAGGCUAGAAAGUAAUGAGCUGCAAUUUUUGGUUCUUCUCCGAAAGGAGAAAUGUAUUGAGGCUGCUGCCUCUGCUUUAUGAUUAUCAUUAUUUUCCUUUCUCUGUUUUUUUUUUGGUUUUUAAUUGCCAUUUUUAAUUAAGUGCCGGUCGGCAUUAGGUGGAGGAUAGUUUUAAUUGUCAUUUUUGUGAAGUGGUGGGUACUACUCCUCUUGAUUUAUUGAUAAUUGUCGAGAGCAGGGCGGGAAAUUAAUUAAUCGUGGAAAAGUGCGCCUUUGUGUAUGGUCAAAUGGUGAUUUCAAUUCUGAUCAAUCUAUUUGUUGGAUGCAUUACCGCUGAUUCCUCUC